AUGAGAAACACUCAAAUUAGUUCUAGUGGGGUAUCUCAUAGAUAAUAAGAGUUCCGAGCUCAUAAUGCGCCGACAGUGGCUGUAGACUUUGCUGGAGUUAAAAAUGUACAAGUUAAUGGGAGGCUUUAUGAUAUUUCCAUCUGGGACACAGCGGGUUAAGAGAAAUUUAGAUCAAUAACGAGGAUGUCAUUAUAAAAUGCUGAUGUUGCAAUUCUUUGUUUUGAUUUGAGUGACCCUGAUUCAUAUAGACAUAUAUAAGGAUGGAUAGACUUUUUACAGGUGAAUUGCGUUUCUGAAAUGGGAAUUAUAAUUGUGGGAACAAAAAUGGAUUUACCAACUUUUUAUAAUCAGGAAGAUCUUUAAAAAUUUCUCUAAACUUUAAAUUCAUAAUAAUAGUAGUUAAAAUUAUUUCUUACUUCUGCCAAGACUCGAGAGGGGAUUGAAGAAACCUUCUAAUACGCUUAUGAAUAGGGGGCUAAAAUCAAAAUGAAGGCCUCACAAAUGGAGAAAUCAAUUUUACUUGUUCCUCCUUAAUCAACUAAGAAACACAAAUCCUCUAAUAGAAAAUAUUUUGAGGGUUGUUAUUGUUGUUGA